UCCCCCUAUUAAUCCACCAUUAUGCCGACAAGGUUCGCAUCCGCAAGUCAAAUGCGGAUAUGUAAUAUUCAAGUAUGUAACAGUGAUAGGCCGGAUUGAGACAAAAGUCGGGUCGGGUUUCCAAAAUUUUCUUUGGAUCGGGUUUUGGGUCGAAAAAAAGUCCGGGUUUCGGCUUUCGGAUCGGGUCAGUUUUGGGGAUUAAGAGGGUAAAAGUUCAGACAGGGUCUUAUAAAAUUUCCUUAGGAUCGUGUAUCGCGUCGAAAAAAGUCCAGGUUUCGGGAACCCGGCCCAUUCCUGUUAUGUAAUAUGCAAAUAUAAUAUGCAUAUUUUGACAUUUUUGCGAGAUGCAUAUCUUCGAUGCAUGCUUAUGAAACCCCUAACUCUAUUUUUUAAUUUAAUUUUAACUAACACGCUUUUAAUCACAGAAAGCAUAUGCCGUGUUUUUCUUUCUUUAAAAAUUUUUUUUAUUUUUAAAUCGUUUGUUUUUACUAUUUGUUGAUUGCCGAGAGAAUUUUAUUUAAUUUUUAUUUUUAUUUUUAAAUUAAUUAAUUAAUUAAUUAGGGGAUCAGUGAAUAUAAAAAAGUCUACAAAAUUGCUGGGAACAGUUUGAAUAUUCUUGAAUCUAUCUGAAUUUGACGACCCUCUAUAGAGGUGAUUUUUAAAUGUUUUUUGUUAGAGAUCCGCAAAAUCUUUGGUUAAACAGAAAAAUUUAUUCAAUUGACUUGUGGGACCUUAUGUUAAUGCUUCUUGGUGUUAAAAAAUCGUACAUUGAAAUGAGGCACAUGCUGGGUGGUGGUACUGUUCGAGAAUCAAAAUUUACAGAGACUCGAGAACCGAGAACCGAGAAUUAGGACCGAGACGAGGAAUCGAGUCCUAAAACCGAGAAAUUUCUCAACUCGAGACCGAGACUCUUGAGCAGCUCUACUGAUUGGAGUAUAUUUAUGAUAGCCCAGACUUUGACACUGUGUGCCUCUGUGCCAACCAAAAAUUUAACAGGUGUACGCUUAAAUGUGCACGAUAGAUGGGGUUCACAUAAAUUAGGUCCGAUGGAGUUAUCCCACAUAUAGAGCGCCUAAGCAGCCUAAGACUCACCUUAACGUCAAAAAUUUUUUUGCAAGAGGUCCUACUUAUUUUCUCGUCAAGAAGCUUUACCUUGGUCACCUACUGUGUCCUCAACUAUUUAUUUAUUCCCCCUUCUCCAAACCUUUUUCCAACCUUUUUUGUCAAUUUCUCCAAAAAAAUAUUUUCUUUCAAAGCUUUUGUUAAUCCUCUAAACAAUCCCUUUUCUCAACUUAAUGUUUAUUAUUCU